CAAGAGAUUUUCUGUGUUGUGGAGAGAAAAAUGACGAGACUUCUGAUCCUGACUGUCUUCCUGGUCUCCGCCCUGCUCUGCAUCCAUGCCCAAUUGACCUUCACCCCAGGCUGGGGAAAGCGCAGUGAUUCCGCGCUCCGCAGCAGCCAAGGCGCCUUGACGGGCGAGAAUCGUGUCAAUGUGGAGAACCUGGAUUCUCUGGUGUUGCUGAUCUAUCGCAUGAUCCAGAAUGAGGCCCAGAAGCUGGUGGACUGCAAUGAGAAAUGAUGCCGACCUGCGAGGAGUGUGUCUGACAAUGGGUGAAGGCGAUCCUGGCCACAAG